AUGGCUUCUGAGGCUGCCUGGACACUGCACAGCACCUUCCUGGGGGUUGAGGCUUUAGGAAAACAGAAUCCAAAAAGUCUUACUGGUGAUUGUGUGUUCUUCACUGUGCCGUGUCCCUCCCCUGAGGCAGGGGGCACAGGUCCCCGGACUUACUGUGGGAGGGGAAAGGAAAGAGAAAGAUCCCCCGACAGCAUAGGUCCCUAUCUUAAAUGCUCGCCCAGCCACGGCUGUAACGCCUUCCCUCCCCUCUGCCUCUCUGGCCAGGCCAAGGCCAACCUGGACAAGAACAAGCAGGCACUGGAGAAAGAGAACGCAGACCUUGCUGGAGAGCUGCGUGUCCUGAGCCAAGCCAAGCAGGAGGUGGAGCACAAGAAGAAGAAGCUGGAGGUGCAGCUGCAGGAGCUGCAGUCCAAGUGCAGCGAUGGGGAACGGGCCCGGGCCGAGCUCAAUGACAAGGUCCACAAACUGCAGAAUGAAGUCGAGAGUGUCACGGGGAUGCUCAACGAGGCAGAGGGGAAGGCCAUCAAACUGGCCAAGGACGUGGCAUCCCUUGGGUCCCAGCUCCAGGACACCCAGGAGCUGCUUCAAGAAGAAACCCGGCAGAAGCUCAACGUGUCCACCAAGCUGCGCCAGCUGGAGGAUGAGAGGAACAGCCUACAGGACCAGCUGGACGAGGAGAUGGAGGCCAAGCAGAACCUGGAGCGCCACAUCUCCACUCUGAACAUCCAGCUCUCCGAUUCGAAGAAGAAACUGCAAGACUUUGCCAGCACCGUGGAAUCCCUGGAAGAGGGCAAGAAGAGGUUCCAGAAGGAAAUUGAAGGCCUUACCCAGCAGUACGAAGAGAAGGCAGCUGCUUAUGACAAACUGGAAAAGACCAAGAACAGGCUUCAGCAAGAGCUGGACGACCUGGUCGUUGAUUUGGACAACCAGCGGCAACUGGUGUCCAACCUGGAAAAGAAGCAGAAGAAGUUUGAUCAGUUGUUGGCCGAGGAGAAAAACAUCUCUUCCAAAUAUGCGGAUGAAAGGGACAGAGCCGAGGCGGAAGCCAGGGAAAAGGAAACCAAGGCCCUGUCGCUGGCACGGGCCCUUGAGGAGGCCUUAGAAGCCAAAGAGGAGCUCGAGAGGACCAACAAAAUGCUCAAAGCUGAGAUGGAGGAUCUGGUUAGCUCCAAGGACGACGUGGGCAAGAACGUCCAUGAGCUGGAGAAGUCCAAGCGGGCCCUGGAAACCCAGAUGGAGGAGAUGAAGACCCAGCUGGAAGAGCUCGAGGAUGAGCUGCAGGCGACAGAAGAUGCCAAGCUGAGGCUGGAAGUCAACAUGCAGGCCCUGAAGGGCCAGUUCGAGCGGGAUCUCCAGGCCCGGGACGAGCAGAAUGAAGAAAAGAGGAGGCAGCUACAGAGGCAGCUUCACGAGUACGAGACGGAACUGGAAGACGAGAGAAAGCAACGUGCCCUGGCGGUGGCGGCCAAGAAGAAGCUGGAAGGGGACCUGAAGGACCUGGAGCUGCAGGCCGACUCGGCCAUCAAGGGGAGGGAGGAAGCCAUCAAGCAGCUGCGAAAACUGCAGGCUCAGAUGAAGGACUUCCAGAGAGAGCUGGAAGACGCCCGCACCUCCCGGGAUGAGAUCUUUGCCACGGCCAAAGAGAAUGAGAAGAAGGCCAAGAGCUUGGAGGCAGACCUCAUGCAGCUACAGGAGGAUCUAGCCGCGGCCGAGAGGGCUCGCAAGCAGGCAGACCUGGAGAAGGAGGAGCUGGCUGAGGAACUGGCCAGCAGCGUGUCUGGAAGGAACGCACUGCAGGACGAGAAGCGCCGCCUGGAGGCCCGGAUCGCGCAGCUGGAGGAGGAGCUGGAGGAAGAACAAGGCAACAUGGAGGCCAUGAGUGACCGAGUCCGGAAGGCCACACAGCAGGCCGAGCAGCUCAACAAUGAGCUGGCCACGGAGCGCAGCACGGCCCAGAAGAAUGAAAGUGCACGGCAGCAGCUUGAGCGGCAGAACAAGGAGCUGCGGAGCAAGCUGCAGGAGAUGGAGGGGGCGGUCAAGUCCAAGUUCAAGUCCACCAUUGCAGCUCUGGAAGCCAAGAUCGCACAGCUAGAGGAGCAGGUCGAGCAGGAGGCCAGAGAGAAACAAGCGGCCACCAAGUCGCUGAAGCAGAAGGACAAGAAGCUGAAGGAGGCCCUGCUGCAGGUGGAAGACGAGCGCAAAAUGGCAGAGCAGUACAAGGAGCAGGCUGAGAAAGGAAACACGAGGGUCAAGCAACUCAAGAGGCAGCUGGAAGAGGCGGAGGAAGAGUCCCAGCGCAUCAACGCCAACCGCAGGAAGCUGCAGCGGGAGCUGGAUGAGGCCACGGAGAGCAAUGAGGCCAUGGGCCGCGAGGUGACGGCGCUCAAGAGCAAGCUCAGGCGAGGGAAUGAGACCUCUUUUGUUCCCUCGAGAAGGUCUGGAGGACGUAGAGUUAUUGAAAACGCGGACGGUUCUGAAGAGGAUAUGGACGCUCGUGAUGCAGACUUUAACGGAACCAAAGCCAGUGAAUGAACAACUUGCUCAAAACAGGGCAGAACCAAACCCAGUGGACUCCUCUUAGUACCGUCUAAAUCCAUUUUCAAACUCCAAACAUCACAGACACCCCUCACAAUGAAUAUAAAGACCACCACCCUGCAUUCAGGGCAUCAACUUAAGUUUGGAACGAUGUACCGAAGGAGAAAAACCCAACAGGAGACACAGACACACCCACUCCCUCUGCCGAGAACUGUGCAGAGAUAUUGAAUUUUUAGAAAAAUAUAUCCAUGGUAACUAAUCACUGGCAACUUAGUUUACAUGAAUUGGGGAGAAAGUCACCACGAUGGGUGCCACUGUCCCCACCCCCAGCCCUUCCUGCCCCGUGGACUCUUCCAUCGUCCCGGUGGGCCCUGGUUUGAAAAUUCCUCUUCCCUCCGGUUCCCGCACAUCAGAUGCACACAGUUCACCGAGACCAAGUGCCUUCUGUAGUCACGUGAAUUAAAAAGGAGACUCCGCUCAAACGGCUAAGAGCAGGAAUGUCACACUGUUUUAUAUGCACCCCAGCUGUACUUAAGGACACCCUCACUAAUAAAAGGUUAUAAAUCACUAGAA